AUGACAACUCGGAAAAUCCUCGUCACGGGUGCCACCGGCAAGCAAGGUGGUGCUGUAGUGAAAGCCCUUCUCGCCAACCCUCCUCCCUACGAUUACCAGAUCCUAGCUCUGACACGCAAAUCUACCUCUUCCUCCGCAAAAGCUCUUGCUUCGAAUCCUAAGAUCACACUUAUUGAGGGCAGUCUUGAUGACUGUGGGAGCAUUUUCACAAAAGCUGGCGGAGUGGGAGCUGUCUGGGGCGUGUUUGCUGUGACAGUCCCAUCAUUCAAGAAAGAAGUCGAGAACGGCGAGCUGAAACACGGCAAAGAUCUGGUCGAUGCAGCCAUUGCGCACGAUGUUAAACAUUUUGUCUUCAGUUCCGUCGAUCGUGGCGGCCCUGACCAGUCCGAAGUAGACGCUACCAACGUCCCCCAUUUUUAUAACAUCGAAAAACAUCUGAAAGAGAAGGCGAGAGGGACUGGCACGACGUACACUAUUCUACGGCCGGUAGCUUUUAUGGAAAACUUAACUCCGAAUCUGCCAGGAAGAGUAUUUACGGCCACGUGGGCGAGCAUGGGUGACAAACCUCUACAAUUGGUAGCUACCAAGGACAUCGGAGUUUUUGCUGCUCAGGCAUUUGCAUCCGCAGAAACGGACGAAUACAAGAACAGCGCCAUCAGUCUCGCAGGCGACGAGCUCACCCAAGCUCAGGCUAAUGAGGUCUUCUGGAAAGUGCUGGGUCGCCCCAUGCCCCGGUCAUACGAUUUCAUGGCGACCCUCUUGAAGAAAAUGAUCCCCGAAUUAGGAAUUAUGUUCCAGUGGUUCGUCGACCAAGGUUACGGCAGUGACUUGCAGCAAUGUCGCCUGUUGAAUAAGAACAUGCUUGACUUUGAGAAGUGGUUGCGCGAGGAGAGUGGUUUCAAGCGUUGA